AUAAAUACUAACAAAAUCUUUAUAACAUUAUACUGUUUCAAAAAUUCAUACACAGACGUAUAAUAUGUGCAUGGAGUCACAAUUAAUAGGUAUCAAAUAAAUGUUCCAUAAACAAGAAUAGUAGGCGUGGUAAGUCACUGUCCACGAUCACCGAGAUGGAGGCAAAAAGCCUUUCCACAGUCAAUAUCUUAGAUAGGUGCUCCGAACGUAGCAGUAGGGUACUCCCAGCACAGCUGCAAACAGAACAGAACAAUUGUUCCAGGAUAAUGAACUGUUUCAAUAAUAAUUCUUCAUCAGCUGGAAAUGAUAUGAAAUACAUUACAUUACAUUCAAAUGCAAUACAGAGAUUGAAAUGACAGGCCUGCAUAUGAACAACCAAUAAUAAAUACAUAGCAAAUUAAUUAUCCCCAAAUGUACAUCAAAUAGCCAUGGAUCAGCAAUCACUUAAAAGUGUAGCAUUAUAAAGGCUAUCCACCGGUGCAAUGAAUCACAUAUAAUUUCAGGAAAUUUAAAGCUACAGUACCCAACAUCUAGCAAACAGAACACAAACAGUAGCCAUCUUAUCAAAGAACUUAAAUAAAACAAUUGAAAUCUAAUUCAGUAUUCAAACCCCCUGGGUGCAGAGAUUAAAAAUAGGUAAGUAAGUCUGGUUUCUUGUUGGUGCAGUAAUUUGACUCCUCAUCCCAAAUUUUCUCUGAUUAACCCAUAGGACUGUGUAAAGUAGGUCUGUGUCUGCAUGAUGAUGUUUUACAAAGUGCUCAACUAAAGGUGUCUCCUGGUGGCAGCAGAAGCAAUGGGGGUAGACAGGGUUCUACCUCUUGCCCUUCCGCUGCCUAAGGCUGCUGCUUCACCCUGCCUCUGUAGAGACCGAAAUAGUUAAAUCAUUUAGUUAACUUGUCUUGAAAAGAAACUGCUAGGCAGAAAGGAAACAAGGCUUGUAUUGCGUUUGAAUCCUUUGUGGUGGCUUCUGCACUGGGGUUGCCACCUUGUACGCAAUAACUGCAUGUUAAUUCAUACCUUGUUAUUACUGACCCCCACUAAGGAAACCUAGAUAUUUCCCUACACCUCAUGGUUCCCUCCAUUCUUCUCCUGAAGUUCAUAUCUACAGGAACAGUCCUAGCCCAGAACACUUUGCUCUCCAUGAGCCUUGGAGAAAACAGACAAACAUGCACACCCUUUGGCAAUCUUUUCAUGCACAAAGAAGAGUAUUUGCAGCCCCCUGCCAUACCUGGUUCAUGCGUUUGAAUGCAGAAACCCCCAGCUUCAAUCUCUGAUGCUUAGACGUAAGGCUAGGGAAAAACUUUUAUCUGAAUCCUUGGAGAGACACUGCCAAUCAGUAGAGAUAAUACUGAGUUUGAUGGACCAAUGGCCUGACUUUGUAUAAGGCAACUUCUUAUGUUCCUAAAAUGGUUGGAUCAACAGCAGGCACAAAGAAUUCAGAAGGCACUAGUAGUGGAAUCUGUUUAUACUCCUCUAGAACAACCCCAAGCGACAUGCGGCUAAUAAUGUGUUAACAAAGUAUUUAUACACAAUUCACAAACAGAAAAUAUAUGAGAGUCACAAAUAAUAGGAGUCAAAUAAAUGUUCAAUGAACAAAAAUAGAAGGUGUAGUCGGUCAGUAUCAAGGAACACUGAGAUGGAGGCAAAAUGCCUUUCAACAUUCAAAAUCCUGCAAAUAUGCGGUGAUAGGUGCGCCAAACAUAGAACAGUUUUUCCGGAUAACGAACUCUUUCAAUAAUGAUUCUUCAUAAGCUGACAAUAACAGAAAUUGAAAUACAUUAAAUUCAAAUACAAUACAGAAAUUGAAAUGACAGACCUGUAUAUAUACAAACAAUAAUAAAUAAUAAAUACAUACCAAAUAAAUUGUCCCUACAGGUACAUCAAGUAGCAAUGGAUGAGCAAUCACUUGAAAGUGUAAUAAGCUGAUACUGUAGGCAUAACCCUAGUAGCAUUAUAAAGGCUACCCACAGGUGCACUGAAUCACAUACAAUUUCAGGAAAUUUAAAGGUACAGUAUCCAAAAUCUAGCACAGAGAAUACAAACAGUAGCCAUCUUGUCAGAAAACUUAAAUAAAACAAUUGAAGUCUAAUUCAGUGUUCAAUGCCCCCUGGGUGUAGGGAUUUAAAUAGGUAAAUCAAUCUAGUUUCUUGUUGGUGUAGUAAUUUGACGUAAUCUCUCCUCAUCCCAAAUUCUCUCUGAUUAACCCAAAGGACUGUGUAAAAUAGGUCUGUAUUUGUAUGAUGGUGUUUCACAAAGUGCUCAGCUAGAAGUGCUUCCAUGAUUUGAUUCCUAAUGCGGGAUCAAUGCUCUCCUAUAGAGACACCGACCGCUCGUGUGGUCAAUCGAAUGUAAAGCAGAUUGCAAGGGCAUUUUAUAAUUAGGUAUACACCUCUAGAGCAGAUUACAUCCCCAUGCAAGAGUCGCUGAUGGGUAGUCUCACCUCGGUCACAGCCUGCCUCAGGCAAAUUACUCUCUUAGGGUUGUUUCACGCUGUAUGGAGCAGAAUUUUUUUUAAAAGACAUCUGCCUGGGAUUUUAGGAAAGGGAAAUUAUGUACACUGGACUCCACAUCUGGAAUCUUCUGUACUCUCUGUAUCUGCUAUUUAUCUUCUUUUGCUAAAACCUGAUGUGGGUUGGCUGCAACCUCCAUAGGCUGCCUAUCAGCAGCUAUCAAUCAUGUGCUGUGUAGAGUUGCCACUUCCUACUCAAGUGCCAAAUUUUCCCAUCAUUGCAAGUCGAUGAUGAGGAACCAUCACACCUCUGGAAUUUCCCUCUGUCCCACAGCCUGGCACAUCAGGAAACAAGGUCUCUCAGCCUUUCCCUGUCUGGAAAAUGAGUACCUAUAGGGUUGUUGUUAGAGGUGGAAUUCUUAGGAGGGCCUUGUGGGUUGUUUUGAGGCACCUCACACACUUUGAGGUCCAAUUGCAGAUCCUUGUGGUGACGGGUCAUCACUCAGCAUUAAGCACCCAGGCUGACAAGUGGCAAAAAUCUGAGGUGCUCUGUGGUUAUAUCCACACUACACAUUUAAAACACGUGUUUUCCCCAAUCCCAAAGAAUCCUGGGAACUGUUGUUUGUUAAGGGUGCCGGAAAUUGUAGCUUUGUGAGAGUUGAAGUACAGUUCCCAGGAUUCUUUGCGGGAAGCCAUGCGCUUUAAAUGUAUGGCGUGCAUGAGUGGAAUAUAACCUUUCAGUUUUAAAAAAAAUUAAAACAUUAGCUCAAGUUUCUGUUAACUGCAGCACGGCUUGUAAUCAUGCAACAUUGGAAAACAGAAAAGGAGAGUCCUCUGCACAACCGCAUCAACAAUGUUUGGGAAGUGUUCAACUUGGAGACACAGAGAGCAGUGAGGGUUAGAAUCAUAGAAUUGUAGAGUUGGAAAUGGGAUAAUUUUGGCAAUCUGUGGCUUCCCUUUUUCACAUUUUUCACCUGCCUCCCAUUCCAACAGUGCAUGUUUGUGUGUAAGGGAGUGGGGGCUAUGUUUUUAUUCAGAACUAGCCUUCGAACUGGACUCAGGUUGCAACGAUUUAUGCAUGCGAAAUACCUACUAGUUUAUAUACGAGGCCUUUUAUCCUUGGAGCGUCAGUAUCCAUAGGAGCCAACUCCUAGGGGCCAAGGUCCCUUCAGCUCCCCAAUAAAAUAACUGAGGGGCCUUCCCCCCGUUCAUGGGCACCACCAUUCAAAUGGAGUGUGUGUGUUGUGAUCGAUUAUUAUGAACGGUUUACCUCUCUCCCCCCAAUAUUUUAUUCAAGUUGGCGCCCUUGUCCGUAUCAUUGGAACUGUGUAUUUCUCACUUAAAAUCAACAAUGACGUAUUGAAAACAAAACAAACAUUAGCUCAACUUAACUUUCUGUUGCUUUGCUGUCAACCUAAAGCAAGCGAAAGGUACUGAGUGCGAAAGCGCUCGGAGAAGCCCGAGUUCAAGCCGGGGGGAGUUCCCCUCGUCGUCACCGCCGCCGCCUCCUCGCAAGCGGAGGCCGCAGCUUCGGCGACUCCUCCUCCCGAGGGCCGGGCCAGGCCGCGUAUAAGAAAGCUGAGCGGCGGCGGGGCGGGGAAGGACGGGACACUUGGUUACCGCGCCGCCGCCGCCGCCACCGGACCAGCCUUUGCUCUUGCGCCUUCCUUCGCGGACCCCACGACGCCAUGAAGCCCAGUCGCCCCGCCGGCCUGUGCGCCCCCGCUCUCCUGCUGCUCUUGUUGCUGGGCGCCGCCGCCGCCGAGUCGGUGAGUCGCUUCGGGGCGUCCCGGGAAGAAGGGGUGGCGGACGCGGGGGAGUCGCCGGCAUUGAUUUGGUAGCGGGCGCGCGCGAUUGUAAGGAGGCAGGCAAGGCUUGGUAUUUUCCGAAGCGGGGGGCGGGGGGGGGGGAAUCGGUAGCGGGGAAUAAUUGGAAUGUGUUGAUUCUGCCGCGCCCCCCCCUUCCGUCGCACACGCUAACUUGUGAACUUUUGCACGAGGGGCGAAGAGGGAGAGUCUGCAAACCGCCCCAUUCCCUCGCCCUCCCCCAUUGCUUUGGGAACGGGACUUUGAAACGUGCGCUUACUUCUCCUUAAUCUUUCCUGGUGCUGCUGCUGCGGGCGCGGUAACGGGGUGCGGGGGGGCAACGGAGGUCGCCUGCUUGCCUGCCUGUCCCCUCUAACGUUGGGACGAAAUUCUGCUGGCUCUUUUUGGGAAAGUGGGAUGGGGUUGGUUUCCCCCCUUGUUUUACCCCAUGCACGCCCCUCUCCAAAUCCCUGGAGCUAUGGAUGGGAGCUGGGAAUGAGACUCCCCCCCCCCCCCCGUGAAGCGAGGAGCAUGCACAUUCCUUCUCCCUCUCCCAGUCCGUUUUCGCUUGUUGUUUUCCUCUUCCACCGCUACUUGACCCCCUCCCCUAGUUAACAGUGGAGUAUCCCCCCCCCCCACUUCAAACGCCUGGCGGCUGCUUAACGCUUUCCCCCCUCUCUUAUUCCAGUGAGGCUGAUGGGGUGGGUGGGAUAGGCGACCCUUACUCUAUUCCCCACUUUGCUCCCCUUGCGCCCGCUCGCCCGCUGGCUUUCGUCAUCCUCUUGACUUGCCUUGCGGCUUCCUCGCCUCCCUCCCUCCCUUUCUCCUACCCUCUCAUCUCAAGUCUCCAAAUACCAGGACAUUUUGGCAAAUAACGUGCCCCGCUGCCUUAUUUAGCACUUCCUCUCGCUCAUAGCUGUGGAAUGAGUAACCGCUGACCGAAAGCCUGGCUCUGUUGCAAUUCCCUAACGUCAUGCAGAACCCAUUAAGUGAAAUCCCCAGGGCUCUGUCAUGGUACAAAUCGGGAGUUUUCUUGUAGGUCUGGAUUUGAUAAUUUUCCUUCUCGGUUGUUCUCUGACAAUAGGAGACCUUGGGUUGGGUUUUUUGUGUGUGUGUGUGUGUGUGUGUGUGUGUGUGUGUUUUCCCUUUUGCUCCUCCUCUCCCGCCAACCAUAAUACACCUUUACAGGUAGAUAUUUCUCAGGUAAACACCCUUGCCUCUUGACCUUUGACCAUGCCGAAUACACACUCGCUAGAAUAUGUUUGCUAAGACUAUGCAAAACCGUUGUGGGGUGGUGAGAGCCUUGUUUCAGUUAACUUAAUGGUGUUGUAUAGGCUUGGCAGGAGAAAUUUUGCAUCUGAAGGGGUGGGAGAAGGUUCCUGAGAGUGCAUGGAGUGGAAUAAAAGAAUAAUUCCAACUGAGUUAUGACUCCCGGCGCUGCUCCUAGGAAGGAUGUGACAGUAUUUUAGCAGCUCUAAUAAAGAGACUUUGCUACCUCUUUCUGAAGUUGGGAGUGGUAGCGUGCAUAAAAUAAGAUUGAUUUAUUUAAUCCCUCGAUAAGAACAGCCUGCUGGAUCAGGCCAGUGGCCCCUCUAGGCCAGCAUCCUGUUUUCACGGGGGCCAAACAGAUGCUACUCUCCCCUCCUGCGGUUUCCAGCAACUGAUGUUCAGUAGCAUUCCUGCUUCUGACUGGAGGCAAAGCAUCACCAUCAUGGCUAGUAGCCAUUGACGGCCUUGCUCUUCAUGAAUUUGUCUAAUCCAGGGGUCAGCAAACUUUUUCAGCAUGGGGCCGGUCCACUGUCCCUCAGACCUUGUGGGAGGCUGGACUAUUUUUUUUUGGAGGGGGGAAAGAACAAAUUCCUAUGCCCAACAAAUAACCCUGAGAUGCAUUUUAAAUGGAACACACAUUCUACACGUGGGCCGGAUUUAGAAGGCGAUUGGUCCGGAUCUGGCCCCUGGGCCUUAGUUUGGCUACCCAUGGUCUAAUCCUCUUUUAAAUACAUCCAAGUCCGCAGUCACCAUUGACUCCUGUGGGAACGAGUUCCAUAGUAACUCCCUUUUUGAUAGGGAUAGAUUUGUUUUAAUCUUUCCCUCUGUGGUUUAUUUAACAUUUACCUGUGCUGUCUCCUUACCAAUCCAAGCCUUUCUUUUUUGCUUGGACCAAAAGCACAACUUGUGGAAUUCCCUCCCCUUAGAGCUGGGUCUGGCACCUUCAUGGUGAUGUCUUUGUGUUAUGAGCCUUUUUCUGCAAAUGGCAGGGGUGUUCCUUGACCUUCUUGUAGAUCAGGUUCAGCCUACAUCAUUUUGCUGUAGUUGGACAUAGGCAACAGAAAUAAUUACGUACGAGUUGCCUGGAAGUACUACAGCACGUCUUUGCUACUUUGCCUGAUUGCUCUUAAUGUGCUGCAUUUAGUUUGUGGAAAACAUAACUUCUUCAUAUAUUGAUGUGAUAUGAACUCAUUUUGUUACUGCGAUGUCGUAAAUUGUUUAUUCGUUUGUCGUGGAUAUUCCUUUCAUGCACCAGUAAAGAAACCGUCUUGGGAAACUUCUUCCAGGGGAUCUGGAGUUUUGGGUGUGUUCCCUCCCCGCUUCAGUAGGUCUGAGGGAAUCUCAGGUAAUUUUGAAUUAAGGCUCUAGGAUCUAUCAGCAGCUUUUGUUCAGAGACUUGCCACUAUCUUUAAACAUUCCUUCAGCUCCCUUAUCAGUCAGAGAUGCUGUUGACAUGCGGCUUGAGUGUUAUCAAAAUAUCUGGUCAUCUUCUGCUUUUUACUUGCAGUCCUGUUAACUACCUGGCCUGAAGUAGAUGGUGGGUCCAAAUACACAGGAAUGUACUCCCCCACUUUUUUUUUUUUUUUUUUUGCAAUGGCCCCAUUUAGUGACAGGAAGAUUAUGUGGAGUUUUCAGUAGACUAAUCCACGUAUUCACUUGUGGCAGUUGUCUCCUUUUUUAAUGUUGUAUUUUACUACUUUGUUGAUUGGCAUAUAUAACACUUUAAAAAGUUGUCCAGUAAAUUCAUUACCCUCCAAGUAUUGCAAUAAAAAGGAAGGAUGUAAAUCUAAACAAAUAUUUCCUGAAGCUGCUCAUCCAAUGCAUACAUGAAUCUUUGUCAUGGAGAAUCAACCAGGUCCCCGGUGUUACAAGAGUAAAGGAGCCAGUGAAAUUGGCUUUCCUCUGCAGUGUUAAAACAGUAGUAGAAUUUCCAAAAACUUAAGUAUCUGAUUGGCUCCGCUUCACAUUUUGUAAAGUAGUGCAGCAUUAUUAAUGAAAAAACUGGUUUGUCCCGUCCUGCUGCCAUGAACCCCUCAGGCUUGUUCUUUCUAUUCCUGCUCAGUUUCUUCUUCUGUCUCUCUCAAUCAAAUCAGCAUUGUUAACCUGAAUAUGUAACUUUAUUUUUUGUUUGUACCAUAUGAUUUGGACAGGCUCGGGCAGAGUUCAGGUGUGCCCUCAUUUGCCUGAUGUGAUAUAACUACCUGUUCUGCAAAGGCAAAAUAAGAAUGGGCCUUGACAGCUAUUCCAAAUGUUCUUGCUUCAUCACAAAGGCAAAUUAGAUGCUAAUACAACAUUUCCCCAUAUAGGCAGUAUAUGGUCAAGCGGCACACACAGCUCUUGUGUGGCCAGUGGGAGCCAAUUAGAAUUUGGACAAUCCCAGCUUUUCACUUCUUAGGAGUUUCUAGUCUUCAUGGUUGCAGGGUUAUCAAAUAGCUGAAAAUACAAAGGAACUGGAAACAUGGUAAGAAGUACAGUUCUGAUUUCUGUUUUCCAUAAUCUUCCAACGUUAGGACUGUCUCUUCCACACUUGGCAGGGGGGGGGGAAUCCUGAAGAAGAACACUGUAAAUCAAGUUAACUAUGAAAAAUUAACAGCUGCUAGACAUGUACAGAUGAACUACAGUCACUUUGGUCACAAGUAAUUAAAAGUGUAAAUUGAGUAGCUCUUGAGCUCAUCAAAGACUGCUAGUAUAACCUCAGUUGCAAGUUAUCUGAACAUGUUCUAGAUGAGAGAUGGGGAAUAUUGUUGGAUUCCAGAUCCCAUUAUCCAUAAUCAUUGACUGCUGACUGAAGCAGAUGGGCAUUCAAGUCUUUCAAGUCUAGCAGCAUCUUGAAGGACUACAAAUUCCCCAUCCCUGUUUUAGAGAGAACAUCCUCACUAUGUUUCUCUCCCCACUAUGUUUAGGAGGAAAGAGGUUCAAAGCAUUGUGAGAUUGGCAAAUCAAGACUCUGUUACUAAGACCCAUGCAUUUAAAGCACAUCCAACUCCCAUUUAAAGCACAUUCCUUCCCCCAAGACUACCAUUCCCAGGAUUUGGGAGGGGGGGAAUGUGUGUUGGAUGUGCUUUAAAUGCCACUGUUUGGAUCUGCCCUAAGUAGCAAAAGUGGGGUGGACUUGUUGACCAAUGCAUUUGGGGCCGCAGGCGGUAGAUAUAUUACUUACCAUUUGUGAUGCAAGCUUUGCCCCACAGUGUGAUAACACGGUUGAUCUCUUUUUAAAAAAAUGUUUAUUAAUGUCUUCUACAGUAACAAAAGACAAAAAAAAAUGUGCAAUUUGGGUAUUAUGGAGUACAACAUAAUUACAAAAAAUGCUAGGUCCACUGUAUGUCUAAAACCCCAAACCAUAUCCCUGUAUUUUCAAAUAACCAUGUGAUGAAGACAGGGUUGCUACAGACUGUCUAAACCUGCCAUUAAUAAACUUAAAAAAUGGAUACCAUUCUUCCCUCUGCCCUUCCCUCCUCCAUUACAAUAACAAUAAGGAAAGAAAAAAAUUUCAACUACAAACAAUGAAAAAUUGUCCUGGCAUUGUAUUAUAAUAAAGUUUCAUUCAGUUACAGUAUUCUAAAAGAUACCAUUUUUUAUCAAACAAAUUGAGUUCAGUGUCUCCUUGAAUUGCUUGAUAAGUUAGAGGUUUCCGAAAGAGCUAUAUUCCUUUUAUUGUUAUGCCACAUCUCUUUCGGCACUGGCUCUCAAGAUUUCCAAUGGGAUCCUGUUACUAGUCUCAUGGCAUCUAAUAGCAGGUAUACCAAAGUCAUGUGAUGCUGUAGGAUUUCAGCCACUUUCUCACACUGUGUUGACUUACUGCUGCCGGGCUAGUGGUAGCCCCAUCAGAUAUUCUUUCUAGGCCUCUUUCUACCGCCAGUGUCUCAUAAUUAACGUAUGGCUCUGGGUGGGAUGUGCAGUUGUGACAAACAUCAUAGAGUUCUAGAGAAAUAGUUGCAUGGGUUGGUACCUACCAGCUUUGUUUCAAAUUCUUGGGCACUACUUGACUGCUAAACCGCCCACCUUUCAUAGCUGUGAGUGUAACAUUUAUGGCUUGCUGAUUUCCUUUAACGCUGUAGUACUUUCAGACCUAGAUUCACGUUAUGUGAAAGUAGUUCAGAGCCGUGGUCGUGAUAGUCCAUUGCAAAAUGUUGUUUGGCUUAGUUUUGCAUUGAAUUGUCAUAUCCCCCUGCUUAAGAAAGGCUGAGUUGGGCAAACCUGCGCCUUAUACUAGCCUAACAGUGAGAACACCCAGAGCUAGGUAGUUGCAUUGUCAAGCCAAGAGGUCCCUCCACAUAUGUGUAAUUUAUCAGAUUUUGGUACCAGAAAAUAAGACACUUGCUAUCCAGUUCUGCUGCCAUCACUUAACAACCUGGGCUGCCAUGAUUGUCAUCACUUUUUUCAGCCAAGAUGUUCAUGGUAGUUGAAAAUACAUCUCUGGUUCCAUAAAUCUUAAUAGUGGUUGACAUGGCAGCUGUGGUGCUUUGUGACUGAUUAGAAAAACCCUUGUUCAGCUGGAGAGCGCUGUCUCUGCCCAGUAUGUCAAACUGGGUUGGGAAAGAUGCCAAUAUGUGGGAAAGUGUAUGACACACGAUUGUGGUUCAUUGGUGCUGUUGGCAAGUUCCUACAUGAGACUGAAGAUGAGUUAAUGGAAACUUACUGGGGAGAAGGGAGGGACAACCUCCAAGCAUUGUGCUUACGUCACAUAGGAAUUUGGGGGGGGAGUAGGAGAAAGAGAAGGCAUUGCAACACGUUUGGGAACGGGCUGACCUCCCAUCUGUGUGUGAUACAGAGAAACAAAGAAGGCUACUUGUUAUGCCAAUAACAGGAAUUGAUUGAGGUGAGAGGGUCUUGUGGCGGACUGCUGAAGAGUCUUAAGUGCAUGUUAAACGUACAAGAAGUUUUCCUCUUGUAUCAGACACUAUUGUAAACCAGAGAAGUUAAACUGUCCUUAGUGAUCCUGACCUUCUGGCAGCUGUUAUUGAUGGCAUUUGGGCUGAUUGCUUAGACGUGGAGUAAUGCAAGCCCUGAGAAAAGAAGCUUGAAAAUAUUUGGAUUCAAAUGGGUUUGUUGUGGCGAUGCUGAUAAGCUCAGCUCCUCAGAGCAGAGCAGGGACACAGUCUGGAAAACAAUUCCCUAAGAAGAGGGAAUUUAUGAUUCUAUUUCUUUGGAGGUCUUUAAGCAGAGGCUUGACAACCAUAUGUCAGGAGUGCUCUGAUGGUGUUUCCUGCUUGGCAGGGGGUUGGACUCGAUGGCCCUUGUGGUCUCUUCCAACUCUAUGAUUCUAUGAUUCUAGGCAAUAGUUGUUCCUGUGUCUUUUAAAGUGUAAGCAACAACUUGAAUGCAUUGAUACACAGCGGAUAACUUAAUUAUACGACCUUUGGCCAUGUUGAAAUAACACAUUUUUCAUGUUGCAAGCCCUUUAAGUGUAUUUUUGUUUUUACCAGACUCAAAUCAGUUUAAAUUAAAACAGAGGUGCAUUCCUGUGACCAGUUCAGCAGAGCUAUUUCUGUAGAGGCAGAAGGAGAUGGCAAAAUCUGUUCACCUUCAUGCAAGUGACUUUUUCAGUUUGUCUCCGACCCUAGUGCUUCUUGCACUAGAAUGUUUUGGAGUAAUACAUCAUCUUUAUUGGCUUUUUUUUUAAGGACUAGGGUCUGCUCUUCUGCUCCCAAGGUAUUUCUGACUACCUGAGAAAAAUAAUAGCUGUCUGCAGUGCAGGAAGCAUAGACAAAAGACAACAACAGGUUUUUUUUUCUUAUUUCCCUUCUUAUUUCUCUCUUGUUUUCCUAUUUCUUUCUUCCCCAGCUACAUUGACAUGUGAUGGUUAAGGAUGGGGAGAAACAGAAUAGCUGGUAGGGACUAACUUUAUUAUGGAAAACAUAAAGGCUUCAUUGGAAAUAAAGUUAAACAAAAACACCACUACUGCAUCUUGGUAAUGAAAACUUUAGAGAUUUGCAGCACAGUCCUUUGCACGUCUACACUGAUAAGUCCCAUUAAGCUGAAUAGGGCUUACUCUUCACCUAAGUGUGUGUAGGAAUGCAGUCUGUGAGUGCACGAAAUAAUUUGUAUUAACUGAACUUGGCAGAACCUGUGUAUAAGCUCUUGGAGGCUCACACAUAUUUACAGUGAGCAGGUGGCAUUUAGGACGGCAAACAUUUGACAUGUAUGUAGGACCGAAGGUGUGGACCUGUUGAAUCCAGUAGAAGGAAUUGUGUAUUUGCUUGGCCUUAUGCCAUGGAAAGAUCUGUGGACACAGAAUUACAUAUAUGCCAGUGUGUGCAUUUUGUGGAUGGCCUUUCUGAAGCUGUGAAUUGCUAACUGUCAGCACCCCCACCCAUUCAUUAGUAGUGGUAGCAGGUCUUGUGCUUGACUCAGAUUUCUGAGAACUGCACGUUAUUUGGAAAACUCCCUGAUUCAGUAGCUACAACUGAGCAUGUGAAUGAGUGUUCUUUUCAUAUAAAAGUGACACUGAAUCAGCUUCCAUUGAUGUGUUGCAGUUCUGGCAAGUGAUCGCAGAAGCUGCAUAUGUAAAAGGGGGAGAACUGGCAAAGACCAGAACUCUCUUGUCCAAAAAUUCCAAGCUAAGGCGGAUACUCUUCUCUCACUCCUUAAGCAGCACUCUGCAAUCUGCUGGAUUAUGUUAUGAAUGCCUCUAAUUUUGACUACACAGGUUUGGCUGCUCCUAUGAACAUAGGAAGGGUUCUGCUGGACUAAGUCAAAGGCCUAUCUUGCCUAGCAUCCUAUUUUCCACAGUGGCCAAUAGAUGCCCCUGGGAGGACUCCAAGCAAAGACAUGGGCUCAGUAGCAGACACCUCCUUAUAUUUACCAGUAACUGGUAUUAAGAGACAUGCUGCCUCUUAACAGCGAAGGGAUAUGGUAAUGUCUUGAGUCAUUGUGGAGAGCUUCUUCUGUUGGUUGGCCUCUUCCACCCAGCUGAUGGACUGGCAGAGUCAAUAAGUUAUCAAGAUUCCCUUUCUGAACAUAAAAACCCUAGAAAUUUUACAGAAUGCCAAAAGGGUUGAUGUAUUGAUCUGCACAUGCUUAGAUUUCGGCUAAAUAAAGAAAAGACUUAGCAUCCAGCAAAACAGCACUAGGAGUGAAUAUGCGGCAAAAGUGGCGUUGCCAUUGUAGCUCGGCAAAUGAUUUCAUUUUAUAAAAAACCCAAAACAAGGGCAUCUAAAGAAGUAUUUUGACCACUCUUUUCCCUUGUUCUGUACUUCCUACUUUUGAUUAAUCCUCACACUGUUUGGUAUUCCUCAGAUUUGAUAGGGAUUCAUGUAGGUGGGCUUCAUUUAAUGGAAGAAUUCCUUAGUUCCACUGACUCCUUUCUUUGUGCUGCCCAUUUUCCUUCAGCUAUGGCAAUGCAAAGAUUGGUUCAGUGCAGUGCUUGGUGUGCUGUUAUAAUAGUGGAAAGUACCUGAUGCUUUGGACUGUAAACAUUGCUUAUUUCCUGUGAUUCUGGAAAGCAUCAUUGUCUGGAAAAGUCACGGGUAUUAAUCAGAUGUAGAAGAGGAAGGCUGUGCUAAUCUCUAGGCCCCCUGAUUAGAUUAAAUUAUGUAAAGCAGAAACCCCUGCAAGAAACAGCUGUGCAAACAAACCUAGACAAAGUGUUGCUACCUGUAAAAAAUUUUUCCUGGUAUCUUGCUCAUCAGGACUUAAGUGUGGGGGUGCCAGAUAGACGAACAAUUAAACGUACCUUAGCGAUGGGAAGCUAACAGGAUCUUGGAAACCAGUUGAGGAUGGUAGUUAAAACGGUAGAGCAUGGAGCAUCUUUGCGUAGGGGAGAACUCAAAAGGUCGCAAGGAGCUAUGAAUCGGCCAUGGUUGCUAGUCAAGAUGGCUGUAUCCAGCUUCCAGGAUAGGAUAACCUGUCUCUGGGUACCAGUUGCACAACAACUAUGGGAGAGGUCUCUUGCCCUUGUGGACCUCUGGCUGGCAACUGUGGCAAAUAGGGUGAUGCACUAAGCAGACCAUCUCAUUUUCUUAAUCUUUUGUAAUUUAGAUGUGGUUCUUCUUCCACACACACGGACAAUUUAUUGCACUCGGGUCACCUAUCAAAUGUCUUGGAUCUGCUGAGAAAAGUGGUACAUUUUCACCUCCCUUCCUGCGUUGUUUUCUUGGAAUCUCCAACUUGCAAGCAGUCAGUCAUGAACACAAGUGUGUGCACAAAGAGAGUUGUAUUUGCACAAGGUGGGUAGGGGUAAAUCCUUACCCCAUACUGUUUCUCUUGUCCCGAACAGAGUGCUUGGAACAUGGGGCAGAGUGAGUUCAGGUGUGAAAACCUAAAAAGCUUAUCUACAUGGUCUCAACUCAUUAAAGCAGUGGAGUAAACCCUGUGGAGGCCCCUAGGCAGUCAAAAUCCUGGGACCUACCUCACAUUGAACUAAGAAGGCUUGAUUGUAGCUUACUUUCAACAUCAAAUCAAUAUUAUUUUGAUCCGUGGUUGCUGGGUCCCCAUAGGCUGGUGCCUCCUCUUCCUACCUGGUAAUCCAGCACUACAUGAAAGCCAGUGUCUCAAAAUGCCAUGUAACCGUUGUGCUGGUGUGGCUUUUGGGGCUUUCUGCACAGUAAGAUCUUCUUAGGAUGUGUAAGACAGUUGAAAUAUGCACGACUGUAAUUUCACCAGAGAGUCUGCUGAUGGGAGGAUUCCCUUCCUUCCUUGGAACUAGCGAGUCACAAGAUUGAACCAAGUGAUACUUCUGCUUUCCCGACCUGGUUGGCCUUGUCAGAUGUGACCUCACCCUUCACCUCAGCAAAGGCAUUUUGAAGAAAGCUUGGUGAGUCAGAACAGACUGCUGAUAGCAAGUUUCCUAAAUGCUCUGAAAGUCUUAAGCAACACUUUUCUAAGGCAUAGGCCUUAGAAUCCAAUAACCUGAGAAGCAUAAAAGUUUACCUUGGCUGAGGGACCACAUAAGCUGCCAAGCUGUUACGUGAGCCCAGCGCAGGUGGGGGAGAAAUGAUGGGGACGUGCCAAUUUGGGGCUUUUUAAGGGUUGCCUUUGCAGCUAUUGUCAAUAUGGCUCUGUCCAAACAUCAUAUUCUGUUUACUUGAGUCACGUUAGGUAAAUCUAGUGAGCUUAGUGCACUUGUAAAGCUGACCUAUAUGGGCUAAUAUGAUUUGAAGUCCUGUAGGGCAAUGCUGUUGGCUAAAGCUUGCACAUGACUUGCAAGCAGAAGAAAUUGGCCCAAGGGGGUGAACUAAAAUGGCUGUAACAUCCCUUCAGAACGUAAAUAGCUUCAACUUUCAUCAUGAAAGCAGCAGUCCUCUAAACAUUGAUUCAAGUCCAUUUUCUUUUGCUGCUAAGACACUGAGUUGGCUCAGUUUUGCAGGAACAAGAAGGAUGCAUAUGCUCUUCCCUAGUGUGCUUUGCUUCAAUUAGCUCCUGGUUUAGUCAAACCAUAGUUCUACAUCUGAAUUGGCAAACUAUGGUUUGGAAAAGGAAAAUGCAGCUUUGGGGGGGGGGGGCGGAGGGAACGUGGGCUAAUUCAGAUCAGGGCUGGGAAAGGGUUGAACUUUCUCCAAAUUUAGCAAGGACACAAACUCUUAAUGAAAAAAUGACUCAAAGAGGAGCAGAUUUUGAAUGUAAAUUUAAAAAGUACACCGUGAUCUCUUAACUUUUUGCAGAAUAGGGUUUUUUUUAAAAAAUCUCCCCCUAGCCAUUUUUUAGGGAGACACGUAGAAAUGACUGGGAAGACAACUAUACUGAACAGGGAAAACUUCCUAAACUUGUUUGUUUUAGGGCACCCAUUUGAUGUUGACUUGCUUGACCAACACUGUCCUGCUCUGUGGUGCCCUUCAUGAAUAUUCUGUGCACCUGCCCACUCACAGGUGUGUGCACCUAUUCACCUGGCCUUGCCAUUGCCUCAUAUGUAAAUUGGUGAAGUCUAGAACAGCCCCAUGCAGCUGCACGUUGCAGUGUAAGAUCAAGAUGGGGUAGCAAUCUGUUUUGCAGGGAAGCUAUUGUUGAACUUGCCUUUGAAGAGUCUUUGAUAAGCUCUUGAGGAACCCGGAGGUGUUCCCCAGAACUUAGCUUGAAAGCCGUUCCUGUGUGACAAAUCCCCUUCAGAGGUAUGAUUCAAGAUGAAUUCAAUAAAUUACCUGUUACGGAAAUCCAGCUUAAUAAAGGCAGAAUAAUUAGUGUAAUACAGAGAAACAUAAUAGGUCUUGGUCUUCAGAGCUAAGAUGAAACAAAUGAACUUGGUGCUUGUAUUGGUGACAAUACCUGUAGCUUAGCUUAUCCUCAAGUCCUGCAAGAGCAUUGGUGACAUGUAAUUCAGUCCUUUGCAUCUGUGUACUAGCUGUGAAACUUAACUCUUGCACCACCACCCACAUGGUUCCUGCGGACUACAGAGGAGAGGUGAAUCAGUGGAAAUCUUGUUUCUGCUUUCUCCAUCUUGUCAGCAGGAGUAUUUGCUCCCAGGAAUCUCUGGAUCCAGGCCUGAUUGGAUAUGCAGAAUAGCCUGGGGAGUGCAACACUGGGGAAAGGGUGGUCAGAUCAAAAACUUGAUAGCCCUGAUGAUGAAGGCAGAGAUGGAGAGGAAGUAAUAAUGGCCUGGGUGGGGAAAAUACCGGUCAAUCAUUAAUUGUGGGCAAGAGAAAAAAACUAUCCUGUGAAGUGCUAGUUUCUGCGCAACUCCUGUUCACCCCAUCUCUCCCUCCCUGCGCACUGAGCAAAUUAGAUUCAGGCAGCACAAGCUGGCCUAGUACAGUACAACUCAUAGAACAAUUUGCACAUUUAAGCGAACACUUAAAGGCAUACUGCGAAAGGAAGGGCACACGUAGAUCGUCUUAACAGUGUCUGGGAGGGGCCAGGGGUGUUGUCUUAGAUCCCAAAGGUACCACUCCUAUCUGAUUGAGAAGCCAAGAACAAGCAUGCUUUAUAAUCAAGACUGGCAAGAGUCGUAGAGCCACUACAGCCGAUGUUUCACAGGCUUGGGAAUACUCCUUCUAAUCCAUCUGUCCACACAUACGUAGCCUGUCACUUGUGUGUGUCUCUUCUGCACCCAGUGAAGCUUUUAGCAUCUUCGGCUAACCAAAUAAAGCGGUGCCAUAAACAAAACCUGACUGGUAAUUCUGCCUCCGCUUCUUUUCCCACACUUUUGUAAAAGCUGCACCCUAAACGCGUUGCCUUGAAGUUGGGCAGAUGCAGGCAUUCAGUGUGUGCGUCAGCUUCUGAGAAGACCGAAUACCAGGAAUUCACAGGAUGGGAACGCAUCUCUCCCCCACCCCCGAACUGAGUUGCUUUCCAUUUGCAAAUGGUUAGUGGCAAACUGCCACCUUCUUCCUUGAGUUUGUUGGUCCAGGUCCUUGUACUUGGUGCUGCCAGCCCAAUAGCUCUGACAGUUUACCCCACCUGCUUAUGUACACAUUGCUGGGAAGUACUAGCUAAGGCUGGCUAUGGAAGAUUUAAUUGCCUGCCCCGUUAAAAGCGGUGCAUGGCAGGGCUCUGUCUCUUUGAGAUUUUGCAAAUUGGAGUCUGCUGUCUUUCAGCAGAGCCUGGAGGGGAAUCUGGAUUUUGGGGCUUGGAUCUAUAGAAGUGAGUAGUUCUGAAAGCUGCUAGAGUCACAAGCAGGCUUCCCCUAAUAAGGCAGCUAAUGGUCUUUGAUGUGCUAGCAGCAGUUUGGGUAGUUGUCGGAAAAGCAAGAAGUGGUGGUUGAGCUGAAAUCAUGAAACAGAAACUCAGAUGUAUAAGCUAGGUGCCCAGUGGCUCCUUAAACCAAGGUUGCAGUUGCCAAAAUGGAAUGUCUAGUUGCCAUUUUUGGGCAAGAUGGCUCUAAAGUCUUAUUUUUCAAGUGAUGGAUUGACUGUGAUUGAUUCUCAGUUAAACAUCUGGCUAGUUCAGAUGGCAACCUUGAGCUAGGCUAAGAGCUUUGAAAACUUAAAGAACAAAAGUCACUUCAUCCAGGGACACUCCACAUGUAUAUUGGCCUAUUCCGACCUCUUUUUCGUAAUGGGGACUGCUCAGGCUGCACAGGAAAAGCAUUUUGGUUCCAGAAAUUCAUUCUGGUUGUGCAGAUAAAAUAUAACUGAUAGAAUUCUACAGCAUUGGAGGGCGGGGUUUAAGUGUGAAAACAGUCCAGAUCCAUUGAUCCCCAGAUGGUGGAGAUAUCAGGCAUCAACCUGGUGCCCAGAUAUCUUCAGUUGGUUGCAAAUGGUUCAAAGCCAGGUGCAAAAAUCGUGUAGCACCUGGCUAAUUUUGAACACUGCUGUGUUAAAGUGAGAAAGGAGCCAGUGGUUAGUACCUCGUUUCCAGGGGGCAUACACAUUAAAUAUAGCUUUUACUAAUAAUCCCUGCACUAACAAUCAUCCUUCGGAAUAUCUGGGUAUGUCUUGGUGCAUAUGAUUUCUGUGGCACUUACAAUAUUUGACUGCCUUGCUGCAGCAGCGCUUGUGGGUAGCAGAAUCAAGGUGUGCAUGUGUGCCUGCACACAGACUGUGCCUGGCAGCUGCAAAGCAAAUCUUUCAGCAAUUUGUAGGCUAGAAAAGCUGCUUCUCCGCCCCUGUGCUCCUCCCAGCCAUGUUUGUUAAUCUCGCUUGGCACUCGAUAUGGGCAAAUCUGCUUAAUGCUCAGAAGAUACGCUGCAACUGGAUUAAAUGCAGAAGUGACAGGCUUCUGUAGUUAAAGGAUUCAGCUGGAGAGCAUAUUAAUAGCAAAGCCUGUAUACGUUGCCAGAAGCUCGUGGAGCUGCAGUGCCCCUCUGGUUGGAAAACAAACAGAACUGCCCAUCAGGCUGACCCUGUGCAGCUCUGUUCAAAAAGCAGAAAAUAAUGGAGGAACAGCAAAAUCCAAAAUCGGCACCCACACAGUUUGCUUUCAUUUUCUAAAGCCAAGCAGGGCUCCUAGGGUGGGACAGUGCAUGGUCAACAAGCCCUGGAGAUUAGCCCCCCACCCCUUUCAGUGCUCCCAGAUCAUUAUGAUAGAUUCGCAAUGUAUUCAUUCAUUGAUUCUGGAAUAUCAGGUAGGUAAGACUAGUAAGGUCUUUGGAAACAGAAAAGAACCCAAUUUCCCUUUAUUAGAAAAGGAAGAAACCUAGCUGCAAACUCCAAAACUGAUACCUGAAACUCUGUGGAAGUCUAAAGGAUCUCCAGAGUUGCCAUUUAAAUUGGCCCAAAGCAAAUGUGGACAGGCCCUGCUCAGACGUAACAUUUUUAGAGACUUUGGAGUUCUUAAAGAAAACACAAUUAUCAAAAUGUCUUGUGUGUUGGAAUUGGGGGCAGUUGGGGCAUAGAAAUGGGACUGCAUGUAGACAGAGUGAAUGGCAAGUGAUUCAUUCUGGGUGCAGCUUCCUAUUGUAAGAAUGGCAGUAAGGGCCAAGCAAGACUACAUAAUGCACCUUCAUAGAAUCAGUGCUGGAUCUAGGGCAGUAUGGGUGGUUCCCUCACACAGGGUGCUGAGCUGAGGGGAGAACAGCAGCAGCAGCAACAACAACCUAUAUUUACACCAGUAGUUACUGAGAAGAUCCAUGAAAAGCAACUGUACCAACAGGAAUUAUUGUGAAAAUAAGAAAUAUUCAGGAAAGGGUGCCAAAUUUUGUCCUCACUCAGGGCACCAUAUUACCAAAGUAGAGUGGUACAUUUUUGCUCAUAUUGGAAAGUGGUUGGCAUUGCAGAUUUAAGUCUUCCCAGGGCACAGAAAUGUAGUUACCACCCUGUUCAACAGGAGUGCCCGUCCAGGAAGGUGAUGGACUCUCCUUCCUUGAAGGUUUUUAAGCAGAGGUUGGAUGGCCAUCUGUCAUGGAUGCUUUAGUUGAGAGUUCUGCAUUGCAGGGAAUUUGGACUGGGUGGUGUUCAGAAUUCAUUCCAACUCUUUGAUUCUAUGGUCUGUUUAGCCUCAGUCUCCAUUUACAACUUGCUCAUAUGAAGUAAGCUGUCUAAUGUUCCUUAGGCCUAGCAACAAACCCUAUGGUUCUUAGUGACCCAUAUUCCCAGCUGCAUCGGGAGUAGCUUAGUAUAAACCAAAGCAGAAUAACUAAACCUUGGGUGUUCAGGAAACACAUUUGAUUUUUUUUUUUUUAAUAAAUUUUUAUUAAUUUUCCAAACAUAAGAUAAGAAAGCAAACAAUACACAAAACACCGACAUACAAACAUAUAAACAUGUAUAAUUUCAUAGCCAUUUUUCAUAAACCUUACUUUCCGGACUUCCCCAUACCUCCCCUUUUCUGCAUCCUUGUUUUAUAUUUCUUCAGCAACUCCUCAAUCAACUAAUUAUUCAAUUCAAUUUCUUUUAAGUUCUUCUAAUAUUAUUAAUUACAGCUGCAGUUCUCUGUUUCCCAACCCCUUGACAUUUUAACAUUCCUGAAUUUUACAACAAGUUCUAAGAUAAACUUUAAAUUUCUUCCAAUCUUCUUCCACUGUCUCUUUCCCCUGGUCACGGAUUCUGCCAGUCAAUUCGGCCAGUCCCAUAUAGUCAAUCACCUUCGUCUGCCAUUCUUCCAGUGUGGGUAGUUGUUGUGUCUUCCAAUACUUUGCUAGAAGAAUCCUUGCUGCUGUUGUCGCAUACAUAAAAAACGUCCUCAGGAAACACAUUUGAGAAGCUAACCUGGGGUUAAAGAGCUGUGCUUAAAAGCAAGCAAGAAAGGAGGCUGCUCUUUGACUUGGUUUGACUUGUAGCUCCCUCAGGACACGGCACAAGCUUGUCCUUCCUGGGGGUUGUGACUGUGGCCACAGCUUGGGGAGAGAUUCAAAAUGGUGGAUGGAGCAAUCCUGUCUCCUGUUCUAUCCUCAAGUUGUGCCCAAAUAUUCUGUUUCUGUUGCUCUGUAGAUAUAGACUCUACUGCUAAGGAAGUUGUCUUUCAAUUCCUUUUUGGCCUCACUAAAGGUCUCUGUUAACUCUCAAAAACUCCUAUGUAUUAUUAUACACAUAAAGAAGUUUUGUGCUCUCCUGGCAUGCAUUUUGAACCACAACUCCCGUCUGGGGAUCGAGCACCAGAUUGGGAAUGGCUGACAUAGGACAAUGGUAUUUCAUUCAAUCGCAUGGGCUCCUCCAGCAGCAAACACAUCUGGGUCAAGUCUGUGUUUGUAUCCGGCUCGGUCACUUUCUUGCAAACGAAUUUAAGUAAUAGCUUAUCAAAGCACACAAAAGAUGGCGCAUGUCUGACUGUAGUCUUGCUCAUCCUCUGAUCUGAUAACACACCCACCCACCGCCCACUUCUGUUAGCCAUUUUUCUAGUCUAGCCUGCUUAGUCUUUCAAGCCUUUUGUCAGCAACAGAUGGGCACAAAGGAAAGUUAUACCUGUGAUUCAUCACAAUGAAUGCAGCCUUAGUUGACAUAUGGGUGUGCCACAGCAGUUAAGAACUGCUUGCUUUGGACUGCCUUGCAAUGAGGACAAAAGCUGGUCGCCGUAUGUGGACCAACUCUCUAUCUCAGAAGUCUGUGGCCUCAAGGACCAAAUUCUGCACACAAAAUGCAUCCCAUCUUGCAGGGUUCGGUUUUCCAUUUGGGUUGCAUGCAGAGUGUCUAGAUCCUGUAGCAUGGCACGGUUGAGAGAUCUGGAAUCUCUUGGUUAGUCCUGAUCAGAAGCAACCACAGGAUACUUCUGCCAUUGACUGCCUCUAUAACUCGUGCUGAACUUGCAUCAGACUAGAGCUGGCAAGAGGACUUGCAAAAGGACUUUCUGACCUGUUUCCCUCAACAUGCCAUUCAUUAUUAGUGCCGUUGGGUCAUCCAUCCAGUGCUGCAGCCUCUUUGGCUGUAUGGGUUCUCAGUUUUUCCUGCGUAAAAGCUUUCUCCUCUGGUAAUAGUAAGUUAAUAAUCAGUUGCUCUUCAGUCAGUGACUCCAGAUACCUUGACACAGAGAAAUUCUACCUCUAUCCGGGCAGAUGGAAAUUUGUCCCUCAGGCGGAAACAAAAAGUAGUUCAGUCCCCAAGCUGGCAAAUGACCUAACGAUUCUGGAAUUGAGUUGUGUGUAUUUCUAAGCUUCCAUAAUGGUCUUUUGAUACCCAAGGUGUACUGAGCUGCAAGGGAAGCUGUCUUACCUCGGAGUAACUCUGAAGGUUGCUACAGGUUCUUUGAACAGUGGAAGGUAAACAGGCUCUUAUGAAACUGCGUAGCUUGACAUCUGAACCUUGGCAAAGUCACUUUGGCUUUUAUGUACCGUGCAACAGCUUAUCUAUUGCUGCUGUUGCUGUGCUAAUUCCAUAUCUGUGGCUGCAUUAGGCCCCAGCAUUUAGUUCUUUUUUAUUUUCAAAGGGCAGCUGCUGAGUUUGCUUUUUAAAUUGUAUGUUCUUGAUGGAGCACUUAAUUCAAGUGAGUUAGUAUUUAUUACGAAAAGAAAAAAGAAAAACCACCCUUUGAUCCUCUUGUCAGCAGAAUUUUCAGAUGGGGGAAGCAAACAAAUCUGUCAGUUCCAACCUUUGUAUAAUUGUGUUAAUUGAAUUCGUAGGCCUUGGGGAAGCAAACAGUGCCGUUUCACAUACGGCUGGCUCCAGGCACCAGCACUGUGGGGGAAGACAGGCCAGACAUUCCCUCUGCCCACUGGCAGCAUAGGGCAAGAUGGUUGCAAGAACUUUAAAUAGGGUUGCUACUGCCAGGUUGUCGUGGUGCCUUUAAAGCUGGCAGCCAGAGAAGUUGCCUGCUCUCUUCACCCUUCCUUGCUGUAGCAAGCAGAGGUUUACUUCGAUGCAUAGGAAGUUUCAGAGUAGAGUGGAUGAAACUCCGCAGGUAGAGAAGAACAAGGCAGCAAAUGACAAUGGACCACAUCUUCUCCUGGCACUAGUUCUGGUAAUGGCCUGGCAACCCUCUUAAUUAUCAAUGGGUUUGCAGUACACCCUGGCACUUGGGCGAUCUACUGUUAUGUGUCACCUUGCCAGCUCGAGUUAGGGCUCUGGUAUGGUGACUGGUGUUGCUGCUUUUCAAUGGUACAUCUUGCAACUUGAUGCAGGAACGCCCCUGUCCUGCAGGAGCCAGCUGUGCAGCCCGUAAACACCUGUGGCUUUUAAACAUGUUCUAAGUUGGUUGAUCAAGCUACAAGCCAUCUUUGAAUCAAGCUAUGAAGACAUCUUUGAAUUCUGCCUAUCUCUGGAACAACCAGUUUGGCAUCUGGUCCAUCAAGACUCUUCCUAUAAAUUAUAUAUAAAUACACAGAGAGAGAGAGAGAGAGAGAGAGAGAGAGAGCGCAAAAAUACAAUUCUAAAGUUUCAUCUAAUUUCUGCUUAAGAAUACAAUGCUUUGUCUUACAUUCUCUAAAUAAACUACUUAUUUCUAAAUCCUACUAAUACAGCAUAAACACUCCAGUUAUUUCUUAAUUCCUCACUCAUUUAUGCUAGUUCAUAACACUUAAAAUAGAAUUCUUAGAAUAAUUAAUUCUAACUCCCUUUUCUUUUAUUUGUUUUCAUCCAAUUUUCAGAUUUUAUUAAAUUAUUGUGUCUAAUUACCCAGUCUGUUAACUUCUAGUAUUCCCCCCCCCGACUACUAAUAUCAAACCUUCAGAUGUCAAGGAGAUAAAGAUCUAUGCAACUUUUAGAAGAUAUCUGAAGGCAGCCCUGUAUUGGGAAAUUUUUAAUGCUUUGUAUUUUACUAUGUUUUUAUAUAUGCUGUAAGCUGCCCAGAGUGGCUGGGGAAACCCAGCCAGAUGUGCAGGGUAUAAAUAAUAACAUUAUUAUUAUUAUUAUUAUUAUUAUUAUUAUUAUUAUUAACCAUUCCUUUUAAAUCUUGUUUUCCCUUCUUAGGUGAGAGAAACCGAGACUAUGGAUCCACAGCUAUAUGAAUUUCCAUCUGGAGAUUUGCCAGAUGAUGAGGACUCAAGGCCUGACUUUGUAAUUGAUGAAGAUGGCUAUGACUACUCAGGUUCAGGAGAUGAAGAAGGUAUAUAUACUUCACUCUAAACUGCCUCUAGCUCCAAGCCAAACAGCCUUUUGCAUGUGUAAAAUCUGUGCUCUUCUUGCCUAGGCUUGUAGUAAGCCGCAGGUUAUAAAUCUGAGAUGAACACAGGUUGUUUGCAUUGUGCUCCUAUUUACUUUGCUGAAUAUCAUCUGGCUAAACUUGGGGUGAAAGCAUUGUACUCCCUAAUUUGAGGCUUUGCGAGUGCACAACCACCCUUAGCCAGGUGUGUGUGGAUGGGAGAUGCUCAACCUGCUUCGCCAUUUAUUGCAAUCUGAAUGCCUGCUUAUACCUUCUAGUUCACAUGCCUAACUUGAAAGGGAAACAAAUGCUCUUCUGUCACACAACCACCGUUCCAACAGUGUGGGGAUGCAGCCUGCGCUUGUCUGGAACAACUAGCUAAGAAAUUCAAAUAUCCUCACUGACCUGCAGCAGCUGGUCACUGGCCAGGGAAAUUUCCCACAUUGUUGUGGUUCUGUUAGACAACCCCCAUUAAGGCUUUAUUUAGGAAGAAGCUUUCCUCCUCCUUUCUUCGGAAACGGCUCUUCUUUCUCCCUCCCCUCUCAUUACUUCAGCCUUUUGAUGGCACAACAGCCUCGCAUUUUGUCCCCUCUGCUUUUUCCAAACUCCCAGCACAGCCUUGCUCCGACAACUUGUUGCACGCUGCAUUCUCAACGCGGAGGAAAAACAAGCUCCGAAACUAGCACGCAACAAGUUGGGGCAGAUCGGGGACUUUACAUGAGCCAGUUCUCCUCAAGGAAUGGGUGUUUGAAAGAAGGGCAGCUCCUCUCUUGAAAACAAGUCAAACAGCACGCUGUGUGUGGACUUGCAGUGGCAGUCCUUGCAACCGGCUGCCUGAAGCAAAACCCACUAGGUCAGGGAAGUCGGGGGUUGGGUGGAGAUGUGAAAGAGGAGAGUGCACGAUGAGGCGAUAAGCUGUCUGAUGCAAGUUUGCCAAAGUCUUCUGAAGGAACGCAGUUUCUUCAUUUUGGUGAGAAUUAAUACGUUUUUUCCCCUCAUUAUGCAGAUGAUACAGAGGAUGCCUUACUUCCAGCCUCUGAAAGACCUAUGGUAGGUAUUUGCAAAUACUCGCCACAUGGCGAAGAAGUCAUUCAGUUGAUGUGCCACCUAGGACUUGCUUUUACAUGGCUUCUGAGAACAGGCCACCCAGCUAUGUUACUGAACCCCUGCAGGAACAUUGAAAACUGGAAAUGCAAAGCGACAGUGGCUUGUAUUUGCUGCACUGCUGAGCGAACCUCCUGUCAGCGCAAGGAUUUAUGCCUGUCAAAUGGGACUUUCCUCCCACUGUGUGCUCUCUAAAUCUGUCCCGGGGUUUCCCCCACAACCCUUUGGAGCAGAUUUGGGGUAGGUGUGGUGCACAUGUGGUGGGAGAAGAAGGAAGGGGGUGGAGUCCCAUUGAACAAGUAGCAAUCCUUGUACUGAGGGGAUGAGGGAAUGGGUUACUGCUGGGUAGGUUUACUUAUUGUGUAGAUCUGCAUGGCUUUGGCAUAGGCAAAUGGUGCAUGUUAAAGACCCCUGGGCAUUAUUUUUUUUAAGGUGUGCUACGCAAGGUAAAUGGCGAUCGGAAAUGGCACAUACCGAGGUAGCAAACAGUACAGUGUAGUAGCACUUUUUAUUUUCUUUUUUGGAAAAUAAAAAGUACAUAAUUACAAAUGCACAGAGUAGGAUAAGAAAAAGGAAAAAGAAAUAGCACCCAUGCAGAAAACAAAGUAGAAAAAAACAAAAAGGAAUUGUAUACGUUACAAAAAACAAAAGUUACUGUAGUUUAACCAGACCUUAACCUAAUACGGUAUUUAUAAAAAUGAAUUCCAAAUCAUCGUAAAAUUUGUCCAUUGACAAGUCUGUUUGUAGAGUGUAGUAACACUUGACAGUGCUAUCUGUUUCCAGAAUACCAGGGUGUCUCUGCUAUAUAAACAACAUAAAUCUGUUCUGGAGCAGCAUCUACAGCUGUUGGCCAGUCCUGCCAUAUUGUCUCUAGAUGUGCUGACCCUUGGUUAUUACUGUUCUCUUGGAACACUUAAGGGGAGACGCUGGCGCCCAGACGGGUUCAACCGUUCACCCUUCUUUCUUUUCCGUUCUGUGAAGCAUUGCUCUCAGCUGUGUAGGUACAAAGGCAUGACUCAUCUUUUCACUUCAUUCAGGAGCCCAUGGACAACUUUAUCCCUUAUUCCAAAGGAGAGACAAAGGAUAGCGAGCCUGCUGUGAUAGAAACAGAAAACGAUUCUGUUCUCAGGAAACCUGCGCCCUCUGAAGAAGGCGAUGAGCCAUCCAACAAGAUCUCGAUGGCCAGCACAGCCAAUGGCAGCAUCUUUGAGAGGACAGAAGUUCUGGCAGGUAACCAUCUUCUUUUUGAUGGAAGAAUUAAGUUUGCCACUCCUUAAAAUGGGAAGAAGCUUCAUUUGCUGAAGAGAAGCUUUUUAUCAGGAAUACAAAGAACUAACAAUACGGAUGUGUAUUGCACAAAUAAGAGGAAAACGAAAAUAUACAGGAGCGGUGGGGAGAGGACGUAUUUUUAACUGUUGUUUAAACAACAUGGCCAAUCUUCUAUAAGCAUGUAAAGGCCUGUAGAUGGGCAGCCACAGUUCUGAGAAACUCGCGGUCGUCUACUCACAUCGCUACCCAAAAUAAGAAGCAUUUCCGUUACUUAAACUUACAUUCAGCCUAAACAUUCAGCAGGUUUAAGCAGCCCCUCUCCCCAACUCCAUAUGAGCAGGUGCAAGAAGUUGUGUUUAGAGAUUGGAGCCCCAUGGAACAUAUUUGAUCUCUAGUGAGAUGAUAAGUACAAAGAUAGGGCCGUGCUCCUUCCAUGCACCUGGCUUCCUUCCAUCGGUUGGAACAUCUGCAUAGCUUCUGAGAGCAUCAACUGUGCCCUGAAUUUUAGUAGGGCUGCUGCUCAUGCAUGCUUUAUAAAGCAUGUUUGAUGUUUUAUCGUGUUUUUAAUAUUCUGUUGGGAGCCGCCCAGAGUGGCUGGGGAAACCCAGCCAGAUGGGCGGGAUAUAAAUAAUAAAUAAUAAUUAUUUAUUAUUAUGAUGCUGAACCUGUGCAGACAUUCUGACCCGUGCAUGGAGCUGACGUAUGCAGCAGUUGUGAUUCCAGUAGAUGAGAUCUCUCUUACACACACUUCCUGCAGCACUAGAAUGACUUUCAAAGUCACGGCUGGCAAUACCUUGACCCUCGUAGCACAGGCUGUUGCAAGGAUAGGUGGGAAGGGGGAAAACCUUGAGUUCUUUAGGGCAGCAGUUGGAUGAUUUAAUUGUAAUAGUAAUAAAAAAUACCUAGUAUCAGUUGCAACUAAAGUUGGGUGCAAAACAGCUUCCAGUACUUACUGUGUAGCGGAAGCCUGAGACGGAAGCUGCAUUGCAUGACAUGUGUUGGAAGUAGGUGCAAAUCUCUUCUGUUUCCACAGUAUUUACUAUAUGCUGCUAUUUCCUUUCUCCCUCUCCCCCCUACUUCCAGCUCUUAUUGCAGGUGGGGCAGUCGGGUUGCUGCUGUUUGCUGUCUUCCCAAUCCUCCUCCUGAUCUAUCGCAUGAAGAAAAAGGACGAGGGCAGUUACGACCUGGGCAAGAAGCCGAUCUACAAGAAAGCACCCACAAACGAAUUCUACGCCUAAGGCUUGCCAAUGACACAAACCCAUUUGGGAGUCAGAAAUGGACUUUGUAAAAAAAAAAAAAAAGCAUUUGGACCGCGGACAAGAAGCUCUGAGACAAAUGCUCUCUUGGAUCUAACCGUCAAAGUGAUUUUUUUAUAUAUAUAUAAAAACUUUGUGACCCUUCCCAUCCCGCUAGCCAACAAGGAUGCAAAGUAAAAAAAGAAAAAGGCAGCGUCCUAGGGAGAAAAAACCCCUUGUGGGGUGUGCGAGUGUGCAUGUGUCCUGAAAUGCAAAGCAAAUUUUGCCAAAUGCUCUGUUUUGGUUGGGUGAAGGGGUUUCGUAUGUGAAACUGUUCGCAUUUGGUCACAGUGCUCCAACUUGUCUUGUCUGCAGAAAAGGUGUAAGUUCAUUUCUACCUGUAAGAAGGUUGACCUGUAGCGGGGCCAGCUCUACAAGGCUUUUUCUUUUUUUUUGGUAAAGAACUUAUUUAUGAAAUCUCCUGCGCUACAGUGCACGUUAGCCUUGGGAGAGAGCAAAUCUGCUCUCUGCAGACUUGAGUAUCUCAGUACUAUUUUGGAUGUGGCUGUGUGAAGAGAUGAUUUCUUUCUUGGUGGAGAGAGAGCUGGGUAGCCUAUAAAAGCAGAACAGUGUGUGUGUGUGUGUGUGUGUGUGUGUGUGUGUGUGUGUGGCAGGGGGGAUGUCUCCCACUUUUUAAAUGGAGCUGAGUUGAAGAAAUACCUUUUUUAUUUUUAGAAGAGGAUUUCCUUAAAUAAAAGACGCUAAGAAAAAUUCCCUGCCUAUACAAGUUUGUAGAAAGUAUUCCGAAAUUUUAAAAAGUAUAUAUAUUUUGUAAUUUUCAUGAGUUCUGUUUUUUUUUUAAAGUCCCAUUUUCCCCCUUUGCUGGACAUCUCUCCAGAUGAAUGGCAUUUUAUAUCGCUCAUUGCCAGAACCGAUGCAGCAGCUACAGUAUGUUAAAGCUCUCUAAGCUCAUAUCAUAGGCUAUUCUAGGCAGUUGAGAAGAGAAUAUUUAUAUAUAAUUAUAAAUAUAUUUUCUGGAGUAAAAGCAAAUAAGUUUCUGGGUUGUUGUUUUUAUAUAGAGCUAUUUAUACUUUCUAAGAUGGCUGCUCUGUUUUUGGUAACUCUUCUUUUUAUACGUAAAACACUAAUAUAAUGAAACUCCUAAUGAUUGUGAAAACUAUUUAAGCUUGAUUCUGUGUACUAUACCCGAAGGCAAUACGUUCUGCUAGAAUUAAUGUCUGUCUGCAAAAAUCAGAUUUCUUUGAACAUGACUAAAAUAUAAUUGGAGGUUUGUGUUUUUAGCCUUGUAAUAUAUUAUCAGUGCUGUGGAGCUCUAUAAUAUAUAUAUUCCAGUAAAAUGCACACUUGAGGUUUUGUACAGCCUUCCUGCAAGGGGUGCUGGGUUGCUCUCUUCCUUGCAGAGUUCCCCUAAAUGUCUUCCUCUUCUCGAUGGAGUCAUUACUUCACAUAUGGUGUUGCUUAUCAAUGGCAGCUGAACAAUUCAGCUGUGUGGGUUGGAGUCUAGCUUUUACACCCAGCUUCACUGCACGGGCAGCAUGGAAUUUCACUGUGGGGGGUGUGGGUAUGAUUCGGCCACAUGCUCCUGUUUGCUUAUCCCGGUUUAAUGUCACGGGGUGACAGAAGACAGACUUCAGAAGCUGUUUGGUACAGAGAGUGGUGUCUUCCAGCUGGGCAAACUUCUAGGACCACCACAUGCUAGUAGGGAGCAGGAGCAAAAGUGGGUAGAGCAGUGAAUGUAAAUGUUGCCUUUGCUAAUUUCUCUCUGCUCCAUCCAGGCAACCAAAGGCACUCUCAGAACUGAAGGACACCACCUAGCCAGGCAAAAAGGGGAUAUGAAGAGGUGUGUUGCCUGGGGGGAGUCUUGCGAGGCAGGUAGUCUCCUAGAGGUUUGCGUUUGGCAUCCUGGCUUGAGAUUCCUCACCCCUCGUUUGGAGGAAAGUGUGCAACUGGUGCAGCGGAGCUAGGCUUAGAUCCUAGAUCUUUGGGUUGGGGAUGUAGAUAGUGGUAUUACAAGGACCUUUAAGCUGCAUUGCAUGGACUACGGCUUCUGUGCAGUGACUUGCAGUGUAUCUGGUAUAAGCUGGGUUUCCUAGGAAGCGAGUCUCUUCGGAAGUUGCUUUCCAGGGCCCCGCUUGAUUCCGAUGUGAUCAGAUUGCAUCUGCACAGUCUUGUCGCCUCUGAGAGCAAAGGAAGGUCGCCGUGCAGUGGGGGGGGGGGUUGUGUAAUUUGCAGGAAAUCGGGUACUGUGCAGUGCAAGGCCAUCUCCUAACCACACAGGUCCUGGCAUAAUCUUGAACUACUUGCAUUCUUUGAGCUGUAGCUUUUAAAAACGUGGCAUAGUCUUAACACUUAACUUUGUGGUCCUUGCGUGAACAGAAGGGGCCUGUGCAAGGUUCUCUGAUAAGACGUUACCAGAACAAUGUACGGCUUGCUCUUACCUUAAAAACAAAAACAAAACACUUUUGGCAGUGAAUUCAUGCGAUGAUUUUUUAUCAUGUGUAUGUUAGACUGCUCUGAUGAACAUAUGGGUAAAGUUUUAAGUCUGUGCAAUGGAUUUUGCUUUGGCACAAGCACAAGUCUUUUCAAAACUUGGCUUCUGGAAUUGUUUAGUUUGGGGUAGCGGGCUGAGUGGGGAGGAUUAUAUACUUAACACAUUUUUAUAACGAUUGCUUGGAAAACAUGUCUGCCUCCUGAUUGCUCAAAUGAGAUUUCUUGUAUAUUUGCUUUUGUUUUCACUGUCACUGAUUUGAUAAAAUAAACUGGUACUUUCUUAAAAAAAUAAAUAAAUCCUGCUUUCUCUUGCAUAA